AUGACCGUGUUCUACUUCCUACUGCUGGCAUCCGCCGUUUCGUUGAUAUCUGCCGCUCCCGUAGGCGAACAAGAUGGCGAUCUCGUACGAUACGAAAACGAACAAAAUGAGAGCGGCUAUCGGUUCUCGUACGAAACCCGGGAUGGUCAGGAACGAGAAGAGGUCGGCACGAUCGAUCCCAACACGGGCGUUUUGACGGUUACAGGGUGGUACAGCUUCCGUGCUCCGGAUGGAACCACCCAUCGGGUUGACUUUGUUGCGGACGAAAAUGGCUAUCGCGUCACAAACCCGCCGGUAGUGGAACAGGCUAUUGGGCCGCAGUUCGCGGCAGCACCAAUUAACAACGCUUUGCUGUUGUCACUUGUCGGUUAG